UGUAGCGGGCAGGGCAAUGAUAUGAUAAUGAUACCGCUUGUCUGGCCAUAUGGUGUAUCUCGCCCUUCGAAAGAGUCUCCGAUUUAUGAGAUGGUUCCAUACUAGUAGGCGAUGUAAUGCCUUAGGUAUCCAACGCAAGGAGAGCCGACCGGAUAGUCCCAAAAAAAUCAAGACGGCUCUAGCGGGGCAGCAUUUCAUUCAUCGACCCAUUUGCAUGCCCAGUAUCGACCUUGAUACUUAGCCACGAUACCCUUGCUCGCAAUUCGCAUAGCUUGGCGAUCUAUUAUCUUCUUUCGUUUUUAUGAAAAUCUCUGGACUUAUAGAUAUUCAGUUGGAAUCGCACUUGCCACCACUUCAACAAUGGAGGAGCUACUAGCUAAACACCGCAAGGAACAAAAAGAUCUCCAGGCUCGAAUCACUCAGAAGAAAAAGUCCGCCACCAAGAAAUCUCGCAAGGGAAUCAAUGACGAGUGUGACAGGCUUCAAAGAGAGGUCUCUGAGCGACAGCAAGCUGAGAUCGCGCAAUUAAACGGCGAGCCAGAGCAGCCCGUUGAUGGCCUGGAAGACCUCAGUCUGGAUGCAUCCGAUGAAGUUCGUGGCUCACCAGAUCAAGAAAAUACAGAACCCCCCUCCGAGACAACGUCUUCGCUGCAAAGCUCUUCUUCCGCCACUCCGCAAUCCUCCAGUCCUCGUCCCAAGAAGCCCAAUCGUCAAAAGGCCCGGCUGGCGCGUCGUGCAGCGGAACAAGCAGCCCAGUCAGCGAUUGCUGCGGAGGAGGCUGCGAAUCAAACAGAUCACCGCGGGAAUGAGAAAGAAGUUAUGGAUGGCGUGUUCAAGCGCUUACAGUUAAAGGAGGUUGAAAUAAAUCCGGAUGGACACUGUCUCUUCUCGGCCAUCGCGUGUCAGUUGGACAAGCAAGGCAUGAGCCUGAAACCCGACCCGCAGAGGAUGAUCCUCCAGCCUUCAACCCAGUCUCGUAUCGAUACGGUGGCUUCUCCUAAACACGAUGGGUAUCGGGCAGUUAGAGCGGUCGCGGCGGAUUUCAUCAGCGACCAUAAAGAUGACUUUGAACCAUUCAUGGAAGAGCCUCUGGACCAAUAUACCAGAAAAAUCAAGCUAACGGCUGAGUGGGGUGGCCAGUUCGAGCUACAAGCGAUUGCGAGGGCAUAUGGCGUUGAGAUCAAUGUCGUCCAGGGCGAUGGAAGGAUCGAAACGAUCAAACCAGGCGAUGAACAGGAAAGCAAGCAGGUCAUCUGGUUGGCUUACUACAGGCAUACGUACGGGCUUGGAGAACACUACAAUGCACUCUACAAAGAUACAUAGAGAAACGCAGAAACACAGGGCAAUUAAACAUUAGGUUAUGGACCGAGUCAGGCAUUCAUUUUCACUGGGGAACGAAGGACCCAGGGAAAACUUCUCUACUAG